GCAACACACUGUGAUCUCAGCUAUGUACUUUGUCCUUUCUUGUUUCCGAGUCUUUAUUUUACUUUUUAAACUGUGAAGAUGUUCCCAUGGGAAAACAAGUCCUUCCAUUUGCCACAAUAAAUUGUGACAAUAAAGUCAUUUUGGCUUUGCAGUUUGAAAGCUGGAAUGAGAUGAAUUGUCUGAAUUGUACUGUCUGAAGAGCUAAGAUUCUUCCAGAGAAUUGUUCUAAAUGAGCCUGACCAAGAUACUGGAUCUGUGUGAAGAGGACUAAGGAUAUAAUAGGAUGUCAACUGAGACAGAACUUCAAGUGGCUGUUAAAACCAGCACAAAGAAAGACUCUAAGAAGAAAGGUCAGGAUCGCAGCGAAGCCACUUUAAUAAAAAGGUUUAAAGGCGACGGUAUUCGAUACAAAGCAAAACUGAUUGGGAUAGACGAGGUUUCUGCAGCACGAGGCGACAAGUUAUGCCAAGAUUCCAUGAUGAAGUUAAAGGGAACUGUGGCUGCAGCUCGUUCUAAAGGGGAACACAAGCAGAAAAUAUUUCUAACCAUAUCUUUUGGAGGAAUCAAAAUCUUUGAUGAGAAGACAGGACUACUGCAGCACCAUCAUGCAGUUCAUGAAAUUUCAUACAUUGCAAAGGAUAUCACAGACCACCGGGCCUUUGGAUAUGUAUGUGGAAAGGAAGGGAAUCAUAGAUUUGUCGCAAUAAAAACAGCCCAGGCAGCAGAGCCUGUAAUUUUGGAUUUGCGAGAUCUCUUUCAACUCAUUUAUGAAUUGAAACAAAGGGAAGAGAUGGAGAAAAAGGCACAGAAAGAUAAACAGUGUGAACAAGCAGUAUAUCAGACAAUUUUGGAAGAAGAUGUAGAAGAUCCUGUAUACCAGUACAUUGUGUUUGAGGCUGGACAUGAGCCAAUCCGUGAGCCUGAAACAGAAGAAAACAUUUAUCAGGUUCCUACUAGCCAAAAGAAAGAAGGUGUUUAUGAUGUGCCAAAAAGUCAACCUGUAAGUCUGGAGAAUGGAAACCUGUUGUUGGACAUAGACGAAAAUCUUGGUAGAGUCACUCAGGCUGUUACCCAACUAGAGCUGUUUGGUGACAUGUCCACUCCUCCUGAUGUAACCUCUCCCCCUACUCCUGCAACUCCAGGUGAUGCCUUUAUCCCAUCUUCAUCCCAGUCACUUCCUUCUAGUGCAGACAUGUUUAGUUCUGUACCUUACAGCGCUGCUGCCGUACCCUCAGGUUAUGUUGCAAUGGGAGCUGUCCUGCCCUCCUUCUGGGGACAACAACCACUUGUUCAACAACCACUAGCCAUGGGUGCUCAGCCUCCAGUUGCUCAGGUGAUGCAAGGAGGACAGUCAAUUGCAUGGGGACAACCUGGGAUAUUUUCUCCCACCCAGCAACCAUGGCCAUCUGUAGCUGGUCAAUUUCAGCCUGCUGCCUUCAUGCCAACACAAACUGUUUUGCCUUUACAAGCAGCCAUGUUUCAAGGUACCGUUGCUCCCAUUGCUACUAUUCCACCUACAAGUGAUUCCACCAGAGCAAGUCCACAGACAGAUAGACCUAGGCAAAAGGCAGGAAAAGAAAUAUUUAAAGAUUUCCAGAUGGCUCAGCCUCCGCCAGUGCCAUCACGAAAACCAGAUCAGCCUUCCCUCAAUUGUACCUCAGAGGCCUUCUCCAGUUACUUUAACAAAGUUGGGAUGGCACAGGAAGCAGAUGAUUGUGAUGACUUUGACAUCUCUCAGUUAAAUUUGACUCCUGUGACUUCUACAACACCAUCAACGAACUCACCUCCCACUCCUGCCCCUAGACAAAGUUCUCCAUCCAAAUCCUCAGCAUCUCACACCAGUGACCCCACUGCAGAGGACCUCUUUGAAGAGGGCUUUGAAAGUCCAAGCAAAAGCGAAGAACAGGAAGCGCCUGAUGGAUCUCAGGCCUCAUCCAACAGUGAUCCAUUUGGUGAGCCCAUUGGUGAAACUGUAAGUCCACAGGGCGAUAGCUAGAUAGCGCAGGUUGGGGAAAGAGAACCUCUCUACGCCCAGAUCCACAGACCUAAGAAAUAGCGUUGACCCACGCUUGUGGUGCUUCAAAAGAAAAACUGCAACUUUGCCAGGCCUUUGGCUCUCACAUUUUCUUUCAGUUGUUCACAGAGAAUUGAGGAUAAUCACUUCACUGGGCUGGUUCAGCAAACAAGAUUUUUCAGCAACCAGUGGCAUUUCUAUGGGAGAAAAUUGGGGGGGGGGGUGUUAUUUUCUUUAAAAUCUCCUAUUUUCCAAGCAAAACCAUUUGCCUCUUUUCUACAGGUUUCAAAUAGCCAAGCAAUUUUUUUCUCUUUAUCAUCUCCUUGAAAGCAGGCAAUUCAGCUCACUUAUAAAUUCAAAUAAUUGUUAAAUAGUAUAGAGAACACAUAGAAAGCAAACAUUUCAUCAAGGCAACAGCAAUUUACCUAUGCGACUGCACAUUUUUAUGAUAUGGUAUAUUUUUUAUGAUCAUACCAGACUGGUCCUGCUGUCCACUGCAUAAUGACAUAUUUGAAGGGGGGGGGAGUGCUUGAGUAUUUCAUUUUCUUUCUUUUUUUAAACUGUUCAGACUCUAGCAGUUAAAUGCCUCCUCUGAAAACAAUUCUUAACUUGAAACCAUGAAAUACCAUUCUGGUGAUUAUCUGCCUCGGUUGGAAAAUGUUGCCAAAUGGACCUUUUACGUUCCAGUAUAUCAAAAGAAGAAAUGCUGCUUUUCUGUUUUGAAUACUGCUGUGGGUAGAAAAGGACAUCAAAUCAUAUUGAUGACAGAAGAUAGACAAUGUGUUAUUUCCUAGGGAACUGUUGAAAGAAAGACCAAUAAAGGAAUAUUUUUAUUUCUUUGAUAUCUUGCUGCUGUAAUGCUAUGCAGACAAGUGUUUUUCUUCUCUGUGUGCCAUUUUUGAAGAGAAAAGAAAUUGUUUGCCAAAUAAUUCCAGGAUAUGUCUGGAUUUGAUUGGACUGGACUUUAUUAAUAGGAUGAAGAUGGCAUGAAUUUUGAAAUAAUGAACUGAAUCUGUGAUCAAAUUGUUCAUCUUUAUCACUUUUUGUACAUCAGAAAAAUUCAAAUAGGAUUUUUAUUUUAUAACUUGAAAAUUAAAAAGAAGCUUACUGUUAAAACUCUUUAAAUCUUUAAGAUGAAAUGGCUUUAAGGAGUUGAAUGAAAUUUGCCAGGUUUUUUGUAAAUAUAAAUGUUAUGAGAAUUCUUUUAAUAAUGCCAUGACACUGUAGAAAGGGUAGCAAAGGCAGUACUUUGGAAGCGCGGAAACCCCAGCUUGUGGUUCUUGCAUCACAUGUUUUUUCACAUGUUAAUUAUAAUGGGCUGAGACUUAAAUUCAUUUGCCAGGAUCAGCUAGCUUGUUAGCAACUAGUAAAGUUGAUGGGAACACAUAAUUUUAUUAUCUUGAUUUUACCAUACAAAUAUUAUGACAUGUUCUACAUUUUUACAAGAAAAGAAAUCAUAUGUCAUAGCCAUUUCAUAAUUCAAAGAAUAAAAAUGAAACUGUUUACACACAAAUCAGAAACAACUUUUUAAAAAACUGUCUCUUUUUUUUAAAUUUAUGUAAUAAAAGUGCAGUAUUUGGUUCCUAUCUUUAGCACAUGAUUUGCAUAAAGAAUCUAUAUAUUUUUGCCCUACAGAGAAUUGUUAUACAGGUCAGAUGGUGACAUUCCUAUGCAGAUUACAAUAUAUUAAAUGUUAGUGGUUUAGCACUAAAAAAAAGCUUAAUGGACUCAAAUGGUGAAUGGUUUUUAGGAUUAUGCAGAUUUUGUUUUUAAAUUGAAACACCAAGAUUUGUGUGUAUUUUUCAUUGAUUUACCUGGAAUUGUAUAUUUCUAUAUGUUUUAUUAAUUUAGGUGAAGGCAUUUUACACAAGUAGCUGAAAGCUGAAACAAGAUGACAGUUUGGUGAUAUUGACAGCCAAAUUUUAUAAAUGCAGCCAGUUAUUUUAAAGUAGGUAAUAAAGUGUGCAAAUG